AAGGGACUGGCCGAAUCCGAUGAAUGCGUAUAAUCAUUCUAGCGGCUUGCCCAAGGGUGCCUGCCUCGAGGCAGCGCUGCACGGCGUACCGCUCCGACCUUUCACCGAAGAAACGCCCUCCCAAAGAAGUGGACGAAGAAGCUGAAGGAGUAGCAGGAGAAGGAGGAGUACGUUGGAGUAGCGCGAAGAAGUGCAGAAGAGUCACCGAAGUUGCUCCUGCGUUGCACGAACGAGCGAGGGCAAAGCACGACAUUGCCUUCUCUGGCGACUGAGGUGCGAGCAGGAAGACACAGAGCAAGGUAUAAAGCUGCCCCUCUCCUCGUCGCCCCUUCCUAGGAUCUGGACACCUUUCUCCCUCUCUCGAUUUUUGCUUCCUGCCGAUGAUACGACUACUCUUGGCUGUGGCACUGGCGGCCAUUGCCCUUGCCAAACUCGCAUCGUCUUCGCCGAUCGUCAUCACGGAUGGAGACCACGAACAGACUGACCGGUACAAGACGACAGGCGGGCGCGGCGUCGUCGCCUGCGAGGUUGGCUACUGCAGUGACAUUGGAGCAGACAUGCUCGCCCGAGGAGGGAGCGCCGCCGACGCCAUCAUCGCCGCGGGCUUCUGCGUCGGCAGCGUCUCGGCGUUCCACUCGGGCCUUGCCGGCGGAGGGUUUGCCCUCAUCCGGUCGAGGGUCGACGAGCACAAAACGCACCCGCACAAGGUCGAGUUUGUCGACUUUCGAGAGACGGCGCCCGCGGCGGCAAACGAGACAAUGUACAGCGCCAAUGCAAACAAGAACGCCAGCACCAUUGGCGGACUAGCCGUCGGCGUGCCGGGCGAGGUGCGCUACUGGGAGUACCUGCACAAGAAGCACGGCCGUCUGUCUUGGUCUGAGCUCAUCGAGCCUUCGGUCAAGCUUAACCGCCAGGGUUUCCCCGUCGUGAACCAGCUGGCGAUUGCCAUCGACCAGUACAAGGACCAGUUCAUCUGCAACGAUCCUCUCUUCAAGGAAGUCUACUGCGCAAAUGGCACCGCGGCGGGCGAGGGCGACAUCAUCAAGAGGACUCGUCUGGCCGACACGCUCGAGACAAUUGCAAGCCAAGGAGCCGAUGCCUUCUACAAGGGACCGAUCGCCGAGCGCACCGUCAAGGCGGCCCAAGACGCUGGUGGCAUCCUGACACUCGAGGACCUCGCCAACUACAGCGUUGUGACGAGAGAACCGUUGAGCAUCGACUGGCAUGGCAAGUACCGGGUCUGGGGUAGCAGCGCGCCCAGCAGUGGCGCAGUGGUUCUCUCUGCCCUCAAGACGGCCUCGACGUACUCGGAUGCAGAGCUCGAUGCUGGCGGCGUCAAUCUGACCACCCACCGUCUCAUCGAGGCCACCAAGUUUGCUUAUGGAGAGCGGGAAAACUACGGCGACCCCAACUUUGUCACCAAUGUCUCGUCGCUCGAGGCACAGGCGCUGAGCGAGGAGGACACAAAGAAGAAGCGCUCGCUCAUCAAGGACAACACCACCCUCCCCCUGCACAGCUACGACACGAGCAGCUACAUCAACGUGGAAGAGCAUGGCACCAGCGCGCUUUCGGCCAUGGACCCUUUUGGCCUUGCCAUUUCCAUGACGACGACAAUCAACCUGCUCUGGGGCAGCCAGGUCAUGACGCCCGACGGCUUCAUCCUCAAUGACGAAAUGGACGACUUUAGCAGCCCUGGCGCAGCCAACUCGUACGGCUACCAGCCCAAUCCCGCCAACUUUAUCCGCCCUGGAAAGCGGCCGCUGUCGUCCAUCAGCCCGACGAUCAUCGAAGACUACAAGACGGGCAAGGCCUCGCACUCGGUCGCCUCGGCGGGAGGAUCAAGGAUCAUCACGGCAAAUAUCCAGAUCAAUUUCCAGGCGCUUCGCGGCGUCGAUCUCCAAGAAGCCAUUGCCGCACCACGCUGGCACGACCAGCUGCAGCCGCCCACAACGGUGUUCGAAUGGGCCGACUCGACGAGCCCGCAUAUUCCUGGCUGGAAGGGCUACGACAACAGCACGGUGGCCUUCCUGGCCUCGCUUGGCCACAACGUCUCUUUUGUCCAGCCCAACCAGGCCACUGCACAGGGCACCUACCGCGGCCUCGACUCGCACGGCGUCGUCGCGCACGAGUUCAAGGGUGCUUCCGAGAUCCGCCAGCUUUCGGCAAAGUCGGCUGCGCUCUGACGCACCACUGUCCACACCCUCUCUCUGUGUCUUUCUUACGCGCGCGUUUCUUGCCUGUACUCUCUAAUAGCAAGCAUCAGUAAUUCGCCAUCUCAAUUCUAUUCGAGUAUC